AUGCUACACUUGAGCUCGCGAGGGACGCCCGUAGCGCGCCCGCCCGCCAACAAUGCCCGAGCCGACGCGCCCGAUCACGCUCAAGCUGCGCGCGAGCGACGGCGCCAUCUUCGAGGUGUCCAAGCCGGUCGCCAUGCGCAUCUGCUUCGUGCAGGACAUGGUGUGCGACGUCGACGUCGUCGACGGCAUGAGCAUCCCCAUGGGCCCCGUCACCGCGCCCAUCCUGCAAAAGGUCAUCGACUUCUGCGCCUUCCACCACGACCACCGCCUCACCCCGCACGCCGCCGAGGAGAUCGACACCUGGGAGGCCGCCUUCGUCCGCGUCGACAAGCGCACCCUCUUCCUCGUCCUCACGGCCGCAAACUUCCUCAACGUCCAGCCGCUGCUCGACCUGGCCUGCAAAACCGUCGCCGACAUGAUCAAGGGCAAGUCGGGCGAGCAGAUCCGCUCGGAGUUUGCCAUCGACGACAGCUUCACCACCGAGUAGCCGCGCUUCGAGUUUGGCACAGGUCGGCUGAGUGGUCGCUCCGUCGGACUUGUAAGAGCAUCCCCACCGGUUGGAGAAUAAAUGAGCAAAGAGCUAAAUAUUUUCAUCACUUGUCAUUCAAAUACUGGUGCGCAUGCCCAGGUGCAUUUGCUCAUAUUUGGCAUUUUAGCUCCGACAUCAACACACUCCACCGGUGUUGCCAGAGCUAA